AUGGUGCCACCAAAGAAGAACUAUUUGUUCCGUGCAAAGGAGGCUGAAAUUAACUUGUCAGAGCUUUGUAGAGCUCAUUUAUUAGAGCACAAAGGCGCCGAUCGCCGCGGCGAUCCCUUUGAUCCGACCGCCUGUAAUUACGGCGGCGGGCGGCGCGGGGGGCGUGGCCUAAACUUCAAAGAAACCGCCGCAACAACACAUCGGUGCUUGUUAUUGAUGUGCGAGCAAGAUGCAGCAUACGUGCUUACAUGUGAGGAAAAGAGAUUGAUACAUGUGUGCGUG